AUGGUUGGCGAGAGUGAUGCCGACAACGUUGAUCAGGAUGCUAGCUUUGCCAUAAAGCUCACCGCCAAGCAAAUAGAUGUCUUGAAGACUCGCCUUCAUCAAUCUGAAUUAGCUAAGUACAGGGAGGAAUGGGUUCAAAGGCGUGUUGAAGCGCAGGUCAGGGCUGGAGGGAAAGCUCUAGAAAUGAUUAUUUAUAAUAACAUCGCACACUGCCUGUUCAAGGCCCAGCCCGAUCGUCAACGCAUCGCCAAGAUGAUGCCAAUGGAUGACCAUAUAUCCUACCAAGAUAUGCUCUCUGUCGUGGAGAGCCUGUUGGCCUACUGCAUCAAAGACUAUGAUGUUUUCUACCGUCCUGGGGAGGAGCCUGUUGAUGGGAGAUGUCCGGUUGGGAACUGUAAUUUGACGAGGUGA